UUCUUUUGUUGCCAGGGUUUAAAUGCAGGAGAAACUGUUAUUCCUUGUUUUGGACCGGAUAUAGUGUGGGUUGGGGCAGAGAUGCGUAAUGCGCAGAGCAAGCUCCAUCUCUUCUCCAAAUAGGCAGCCUUCAAGAUCCGAAAAUGUCUAAAUCGGAGGUGAAGAAGGAGUCUGGGGAGUCCAGCCCGUCGGAGGCCGCCUGCCUCUGCCCUCCUCCGGCGGCAAAGAACCAGUGCGCGAGCUGCGGCAUGGAGAUCCAAGACCGCUACCUACUGAAGGUCAACAACCUGAACUGGCACCUGGGGUGUCUGGAGUGUUCAGUGUGCAGAGCGUCUCUGCGCCAACACAGCAGCUGCUACGUUAAAAACAAAGAAAUCUACUGCAAGCUCGAUUAUUUCAGGUUCGGCACUAAGUGCGCCCAGUGUGGCCGACAGGUGUACGCCAGUGACUGGGUGCGAAGGGCUCGGGGCAGCGUGUACCACCUGGCCUGUUUCGCCUGUUUCUCCUGCAAGAGGCAGCUGUCGACCGGGGAGGAGUUCGGCCUGGUGGAGGGCAGGGUGCUUUGCCGCAGCCACUACGACAUCAUGCUGGACAAUCUACGCAGAGCUGCAGAGAACGGCACAGGACUGACUCUGGAAGGAGCGCUACCUUCUGAUCAGGACUGCCAACCAAAACCAGCCAAGAGGGCACGGACAUCAUUCACUGCAGAGCAGCUGCAGGUGAUGCAGACUCAGUUUGCCCAGGACAACAACCCCGAUGCUCAGACGCUGCAGAAACUGGCAGAAAUGACGGGACUGAGCAGGCGAGUCAUACAGGUUUGGUUUCAGAACUGCCGGGCGCGACACAAAAAGCAGCCGCCUCAGAGCAGCUUCUCUCAAAGCGCUCCGCUGUCCAGAAUGCCCCCGUCGCUGCCAGAAGAUAUCCACUAUUCACCGUUCAGCAGCCCAGACCGACCACACCUGCUGGCCCUGCAUGGCUACCUGGACACUCAUCCCUUCUCUGUCCUCGCUGCUCCGGGCCACUUGACCCACCCGUCCAUCUCUUUACCACAGCUUCCCAUCAGCCGCUGACUUGCUGUGUCUACUUUUCCACCGUCGACACUCUGAUGAUGUUGUGGAGGGAAAAAAAUCCUUUGGGACGCCCUGUCAGCAAUUUGCUCCGUUUGGAAGUCAAGUCCUCGGGUGACGGCAGGACCGCGUUUUUUAAUCAGUCGGGUUUUUCAUUGUGAGACUGCUGAGUAAACUGUGGUGAAGCCUUCAGGCUAACACAGGAGUAACUUUUUAAUUUUGUCUUGUUUUUUUUUUAUAUAAUGCAGAA